AAAAGCUCUUCCAAGACUAAAGAGGCCCCAAGGGGUGGGAGGUGCAGAGAGACUCACCUGGCUUCAGAGCUGCCUUCUUGGAAACAGAAUUAGAGCACAUCAUGGCUUUCUGCCAUUUACUCUUGAUCCCAAGGGAGCCGAAUGGCUUGGAGAGUAGAACAUCACUGGAACAGUGGAUUUAAUGAGGAACGGUGAGACAUCAGCUCCCUGGGGCUUGAGAAACCAUAAAUACUUCCCUAGAACCCCUCACCUGGACAGUUUCCUGAUGCCACACUCGUGCACCUUAGAGAAGAGAGUCAGGAUGACUUCUUGACAAGUUCCUUCUGCCCAUCUUUCCCUGCUAGAUUCUGUUUUCAGCAUUCAACAGUCAGAGGAGGAAGACGUCAUACCAGCAUUUUUUUUUUCUCCAAGCAAUGGUCAGUUGAGUGACUCACGCUAUCCUUAUACGUCAGCUACAUGGAAGCAGAAAACCAAACAGGAUUUUUAGAGUUUAUCCUUCUCGGACUCUCGGAGGAUCCAGAACUACAGCCGUUCAUAUUUGGGCUGUUCCUGUCCACGUACCUGGUCACGGUGCUGGGAAACCUGCUCAUCAUCCUGGCCAUAAGCUCUGACUCCCACCUCCACACCCCCAUGUACUUCUUCCUCUCCAACCUGUCCUGGAUUGACAUCUGUUUCAGCACCUGCAUCGUCCCCAAGAUGCUAGUGAACAUCCAGACCAAGAACAAAACCAUCUCUUACAUGGACUACCUCACCCAGGUCUAUUUCUCCAUGUUUUUUCCUAUUCUGGACACGCUACUCCUGACCGUGAUGGCCUAUGACCGGUUUGUGGCCGUCUGCCACCCCCUGCACUAUAUAACCAUCAUGAACCCCCACUUCUGUGGCCUCCUGGUUUUUGUCACCUGGCUCAUUGGUGUCAUGACAUCCCUCCUCCAUAUUUCUCUGAUGACCCAUCUAACCUUCUGUAAAGAUUUUGAAAUUCCACAUUUUUUCUGCGAACUGACUCACAUCCUCCAGCUGGCUUGCUCUGAUACCUUCCUGAACAGCACGUUGAUAUAUGUUAUGACGGGUGUGCUGGGCGUUCUUCCCCUCCUUGGGAUCAUUUUCUCUUAUUCACGAAUUGCUGCAUCCAUAAGGAAGAUGUCCUCAUCGGGGGGAAAACAGAAAGCACUUUCUACCUGUGGCUCUCACCUCUCCGUCGUUUCUUUAUUUUAUGGGACAGGCAUUGGGGUCCACUUCACUUCUGCGGUGACUCACUCUUCCCAGAACAUCUCCGUGGCCUCGGUGAUGUACACGGUGGUCACCCCCAUGUUGAACCCCUUCAUCUACAGCCUGAGGAACAAGGAUGUGAAGGGGGCCCUGGGGAGACUCCUCAGCAGGGCAACUCCUUGUCUGUGAUGGAUCCCUCGGCCCCAGGACUAAGAUGUUUUGUGAGCACCAAUGGCAAAAAGGUUUUACUUUGAAAU